AUGUCCCAGAGAGACCCUGCGACUCGACCUGCCUCUCGUCGAACUUCCACGUCUCCGGUCACAUCAGGAGAAUCAGGAGCUCGCCAUUUUGGACAAACCGCCGGUGGCCAUGACGUGAAUAGUGAUACAGUGAAGUUGUUACCCAAGGAGACCCCUGGUCGAGAUCAACAACUGCCUGGCUCCAAGUCCUUAGGCAUGCUGAACAUAUUGAACCCCUCAGAUUCACGACCAAGGGACUCACACGGGGUCCAUGAUACCCCUUCGCAAGCGGGACAGUCUACCAGCGCAUAUUCAUCUUGGACGACGCAUGGCGCUACGCGGCAUCCGGCUCCUGGCCACUCGGCGUCGGCAUCAUAUCCCGGAACCCCGGUAGGAAACCUCAACUUGGGACCACCGGGAUCCGAACGACAAUCACCAACGGUGAGCUAUCCGUUCCCAAACAUGAGCGAACCCAGGAAAAUUCUUAGCCCAAAGGUGGCGCGGCCCUCGAGCCUAAGUCAAAGUAGCGGUUUCCCUCGCGAGUUCGAGCCUAGGUCGCAUAAUUACGUCCCUUCAGUAUCUCCUGCCAAACGUCCCUACGAAGGCGAAGGCCUGGACGAACCAAGGCUUCCCAGUUUACAUCAGACUCCACGAAUUGCCCAUGCCUCCGGCUCUCAAUCUCUCACUCCACCGUCACGAUCUCUUUCUCAACCAGUGAGUCGGGCCUCCGACGUUUCUCUCCUUCAGGGGCAAGCCGGACCGUCUAGAGAGGUUCAUGGACCGCCCUCUCACUCUCAAUUUCAACACGGACAGCUACAAGGUCAACUACCAGCUGUUAGUCGGCCACCUGAGGGCUCCUCGACUUGGACGGAGGUCAUGCGGCGAUCCGGCAUGGGGUCCGGGCCAGGAGGGAUGGAGGGACAGCAAGCCUACAUGACAUUGCCAGGCAGUGAUACACCAAUACCCGUCCAAGUUGAUUAUUCACAAGCCUCCAGGAAGGCGGAUGAAAAACGUCAACGCAAUGCGAAAGCAUCUACAAGACAUCGUCGGAAGAAAAAAACGCUCCAAGAGGAGAACGUGAGGCAACUACAGGAACUCAAGGACGAGCGGCAACAAAUGUCUGAUGAAAUAGACUAUUUAAGGCGACAACGCGAUUUUUACAGGGACGAGAGAAAUCGACUUCGAGAGAUCGUGUCUCGAACACCCGGCAUUCACCAGCAUGCACACGGGCCGCGAAGCCCAACUCCAAGCAGGAGUGUUGGCUCUCACACAGACCACAGCCCCGUGUCGCAGCACCUCAUGCCUACCACGAGCCAAGGCUAUGUAAGCGAUCCUAAUUCUGCAGAUCGAGCAGUACAACUACCGAAGAUGGAAGAACGACCAGAGUUUCCGGGACCUGGGCUUCCUCCUGGGGUGGCCCCGUCUGGGUUGGCGUCGGCUCAUGGUCAACCAUACGGUGUUCCGCCUCGCCCUCCUUCUGCGGCAUCGUCUGGGGGCGGGGAACGGCUACCACCUCUAAGAGCGAUGGAAGGACCACCACCAACGGUCCAACAUGUUGGGCCGGGACAAGCACACGAACGGGAUCCAAGGACAGGUCAAUGGCGACCCGUGCCUCCCCGUCAGGUUGAAACGGGUUGGGCCACUGGCCCAAGAAAGUCGGGAGACCACCAGAUUCACCCUUGGUGA